AUGAAUAAAGGUUACAAAGGAGGAUGCUUUUCUCUAAAAGUACCACCAGUAUUUUGUAAAAAUGGAAAUUUAUUACUAAUCCCAAAGGGAAGAAAUAAUGAGAUUAAUGUGUACGAUACUUUAGGUAAUGGAGAGUCAAGAUCCCAGUUUUCUGCAUCAAAAGAAGUUAUUACGGGUUUUGGUGUUAUCAAAUCUAACCAUAAGGAGGAAUUAAUCAUUACUACUACUUUUAAUGGUUUAAUACGAAUAUUUACUUUACAUGAUGUUUUGAACCAUAUGGAAAAACCCUUAAUGGAGUUUAGAAUUACCCAAUGUAUUUUGGAUCUCAAGAUUGCUAAGAACAAUAUAUAUUUAUUAACAGGGGAAGCAAAAGGCGAAGAUACUGUACUUAAUCCUAAUGUUUCACUUUACAAAAUUGUCAAUUCAGAUAUAUUUUCAAGAUUGAAUUCUGAUAAUAAUAAGACUGACUCUAAAUUUGCUCAGAAAUUUCUAAAGAAAAUGAUAGAUUUUUCAUAUGGAGCUUUAAGUUUCCAAGUCUCUUUUGAUGAGUCCAUAUUUUGUUUUAUUUGGAAAAAUAUUCUAUUGAUUUGGAAUAUUCAAUACCCUAAUCAAAUCAUCCGCUUUAGACAUUCUGAGUAUAUUUUAUCGCUUAUAAUAUCGGAAGAUAAACAGUUUGUUGCUACUGGUGAUGCUUAUGGUAGAUUAACUUAUUGGUUUAUUCCUCCAUCUUCCUCUAAAGAAGGUAUUCAAAUGUGGGAAAAUGCGCCUUCUAUUUCUGAAAAUUCUGAUAUUGAAAAGAUGAUUUACAAAUAUAAUGUUAAAACAUCUAUUUCACAUUGGCAUUCACAUGAGUUGACUUGUUUAAAUAUAAUACCUGGUACAGAUGUUAUAUUAUCAGGCGGAGAAGAGGCAGUUUUGGUCUUAUGGAGACAGACAUUCUCUUCAGAUUCCUAUCUAAUUCACAGCAGAAAUCAGUUAAAGAAUUCUAAUAAUAACGGUACUAGGCAGUUUAUUCCUAGAUUAGGUGCUCCAAUAUAUACCAUUACACCAUUUAAAAAAGAAAGAGUACAGAAUGAUACUCAGAAUACUGAUUAUCAUCAAACUUCUGAAUCAAUACCUUCAUUAAUAGCAGCUAUUGUGUGUUCUGAUAAUAGUAUCAAAAUUAUAGAUUUGGUUCACAAUAAAAUAAUUAACACAAUUUAUGGGAUUUCUACUCCAUUUAAUAUUAUUAAAGGCAGUGUAAUGGAUUAUCCACAGAUGAAAAUUAUACCAUCUUAUUUUUUUAAUCCUACUAGACUCUUGGUUUCAAUUAUAGGUCAUCCAUUUAAACUUCAUAUUCAUGAUCUUAUUAAGGAUCUAUGGUAUUCAAGUAUUUUUUGUAAGCCUGAAGAAAGUUAUGUUUCUAAAGUUGGAGAAGGAAUCUCUUCAUCAAAACUUGUUCAGGAUGAUGUAACUAGAGUUCUUUUGGUUGAUGCUUACUAUUCAAAAAACGCAAAGUUUGCUAUUACUAUUGAGAGUCAAACAUUUGAUCAUAUGAAAAAUCAAAAGAAGGUUUACAACUUUAAGUUCUGGAGAAUUCUUAUUUCCAAAGAAAGAACUCAUUUUGAAUUGGUAUCUAAGUACCAUAUUGCACAUACUGAUCAGGUUAUUUCAAUAGAAGAAGCAAAAUCUGAAAAUCCAUAUAUUGAUGAUUAUCAUAAUAUUAUGGAUAAGAGCAAUUUUGAAACUGAGACAAAUAAUACAUGUUUUAUAACCACUACUUCUAAACGUGAAAUUAAAUGUUGGGUUUAUAAAAAAGAAGUUAAAGAAUGGGUAAAUUCAUCAAUUAUUCAUGGAGAAUCGGAUAUUGAAGUCUAUUCAACAUGUUUUAGUGAUGAAUUUAAUAAGCUAUUUUUAGCAUCCUCUAAAGGUAUUAUAAUAUACAACUGGAAUAAACAACACUCUGUAUUAUUAGAAAGUGAUCUUGGCUACUUAUCUCUGAAAGGUAAUAAAAUUAGUCAGAUGGUUACUAUUAUGCAUAUGAAUGAGUAUUAUUUAUUAGCACUUUCUACUUUUUCUAAAAAGCUUUUUGUUUGGAACAUUACCUCUAUGGAGUUAAUUCUUGAGCAAAAUAUAGAUCUUAACUUUGAUUCUAAGCUUAUUACUACCCAGAAUUUUGGUAAAUAUAAUAAGCUUAUGGAGGAAAUCCCAUUUCAAUUUGCAAUUAUCAGAGAUAAAAAUAAAGGAAAGAUCUCUCUAUACAAAUUUGAAAAAAAUAUCAAAUCCAAAUCCAAUAAAUCAAGAUCUGAAAUUAAACUUACAUGCUUAAAAGAUAUUGAAGUUGAUCUUCUGGAGAAAACAUCCAUUAAAGAUGCAAUCAUUCAACCCAAAGUUGAAAAUUCUAAAAUCUGUUUAUAUUUAGUGCUAUUAUUGUCAAGCUGUGACGUUUAUAUUCAAGAAGUAGGAGUUUUAGAUAGAUCUGACAUUGUCUCACAAGUUCUAAAUAACAUAAAUGUACAGCCUGAGACAAGUGAAAAAACUCCUCUUUCUAUAAAAGGAUUUACUGAUGAAUCUCAUGAUAUUACGGAUAUCCAAGAAUCCAUUGAAAAGAUGUUCCUUACAGCUAGUAAAGAUGAUCAAAUAAAAGAUGAGAAAGAAAGUCAUGUAGUUUCUACUUUAUCAAAGGUUUCAAAGACUGUUCAAAAUAUAAUUUCUUAUUCAAAUGAUUCUUCUAAUAAAGGAUUGGUGAUUGAUCAAGCUGUAAGAUCAUUUUCAUCACUUUAUUGUUUAAGGCAAAACAGUACCGAAGUUUUAUCUUUUGGAAAGAAAAACCUUAAAAACUUAUCUCAAAGUUUGAACACCUGCAUGUGUCCAUCACCAUCAAACCUAUUUUGGACUCUGUUUAAUAGUAAUUCUACAAAUUUGUCACGCUUAAGUGAGCAUGAUAAUGAUCAUAAUACUAAUAGUAAACAUCACAAAAGCUCUUAUGUACAGGUAUUUGACUCCAAAGAUACUAAUAAAUUAGAUGAAUAUCAGUUAUCUUCAUCUAAGAACAGCUUUGACCAAAUGAAUAAUGAGAUCUUAAUAUCAGAAUCUUUAAAGCCUUUACAAACUCAGAAACUACAGUCAAUGUUAAAGAAGGCAACUUUUAGUGAAAGAAAAUGA